UUGGCGUUGGGGGGGAUGAGCGCGGCGGUGCCCGGCAAGGGCUCCCGGCCGGCGGGGGUGGCGGUCCCCGGGCGAGGGGCGGCCCCGGCGCAGCAGCAGCAGCAGCCGGCGGCGGCGGCGGCGGGGUCGGGGUCGUCGGCGCCGGAGAGCCGCGCGGUGCCGGAGGUGCUGGUGGACCCUCGGAGCCGGCGCUGCUACAGCCUGGGCCGCUUCCUGGGCAAGGGCGGCUUCGCCAAGUGCUACGAGAUCACGGAGGCGGAGAGCCGCGAGGCCUUCGCCUGCAAGGUGGUGCCCAAGGCGCUGCUGCUGAAGGCGCCGCAGAAGGAGAAGAUGAGCAUGGAGAUCGCCAUCCACCGCAGCCUCCAGCACCGCCACGUGGUGGCCUUCCAGGGCUUCUUCGAGGACAGCCACUUCGUCUUCGUGGUGCUCGAGCUCUGCCGGCGGCGGUCCCUUCUGGAGUUGCACAAGCGUCGGAAAGCCCUGACGGAGCCCGAGGCCCGCUACUACCUGCGCCAGAUCAUCCUGGGCUGCCAAUACCUGCACAGCAACCGUGUCAUCCAUCGCGACCUCAAACUAGGCAACCUGUUUCUGAACGAUGACAUGGAGGUGAAGAUCGGUGACUUCGGCUUGGCCACCAAGGUGGAGUAUGACGGGGAGCGGAAGAAGACCUUGUGUGGGACACCAAACUACAUUGCCCCCGAAGUGCUGGGCAAGAAAGGGCACAGCUUUGAAGUGGACAUCUGGUCCAUCGGCUGCAUCAUGUACACCCUCCUGGUUGGGAAGCCACCCUUUGAAACCUCCUGCUUGAAAGAGACAUAUAUUCGGAUUAAGAACAACACAUACACGAUUCCUACGCAUAUCAACCCCGUGGCUGCUAGUCUCAUCCAGAAGAUGCUGCAGCAUGACCCGGCUGCCCGGCCCACCAUUGACGAGCUGCUGAACGAGGAGUUCUUCACGACGGGCUACAUCCCUUCGCGGCUGCCCACCACCUGCCUUACGGUUCCUCCCCGCUUCUCUCUGGCGCCCAGCAGCUUGGACCCCAGCAACCGCAGGCCUCUUGCGGUGGUGAACAAAGGUCCAGAGAGCCCGGCCCUGGAGAAGGUGUGCGAGAAGGAAGACAAGGCCAGCACCCUGCAGGAGCCCGAACAGCCCCUGCCCUGCUACCUGGCCGACCUGCUGCAGCAGCUGAUGCGAGUCAAUGCUUGCCGGCCCUCGGAAAAAACUCCCGUCAGGCAAGAGGAGGCCGAAGACCCCGCCUGCAUCCCCAUCUUCUGGGUCAGCAAGUGGGUGGACUACUCUGACAAGUAUGGGCUAGGCUACCAACUGUGUGACAACAGUGUUGGGGUCCUUUUCAACGACUCAACUCGCCUCAUCAUGUACAGUGAUGGGGACAAACUGCAAUACAUUAACCAGAACGGCUCUGAAUUGUAUUUUAAUGUGCUCUCUUACCCAGAUACUUUCAGCAAGAAGAUUAAGUUGCUGGAGUAUUUCCAAAAUUACAUGAGUGAGCACUUGCUGAAAGCUGGCGCAAAUGUGACUCCCCGGGAAGGGGACGAGUUGGCGCGGCUGCCCUACCUCUUGAACUGGUUCCGCACUCGCAGUGCCAUCGUCCUGCACCUGAGCAAUGGCACGGUACAGGUCAACUUCUUCCAGGACCACACCAAGGUCAUCCUCUGUCCCUUGAUGGCCGCCGUCACCUACAUCAAUGAGCGGCGCGAGUUCCACACCUACAAGCUGACCCUGAUCGAGGAGUUUGGCUGCUGCAGGGAGCUGGCCAGCCGCCUCCGUUACGCCCAAACCAUGGUGGAGAAGCUGCUGUGCUCUAAAUCGGGGGCCACCAAGGCGCCAAGCUAGACCCGGGGAGGCUCCGUUUGGCUUGGAACUGUGCAGCCCCCCUGGACGACCCCCCUUGGCCUGGCCACACCAGGCCCCAGGCUCCUUUAGGGGCCCCGGGGCCCCUUGGCUACAAAAGGACCAUAACAGGAUACUUUUUCUUCAGAUUCUGAUAAGAAAGCCCCCCUCCCUUUUUCUUCCCCCCCUCCCCCCUAAGACUAAACUGUUUUAUACUCACUUUGAAUAAAGAGAAGCUUCUGACCGUU